AUGUCAAAAGCUGUUGGUAUUGAUUUAGGUACUACUUAUUCGUGUGUUGCACAUUUCACCAACGAUCGUGUGGAAAUUAUUGCCAACGAUCAAGGUAAUAGAACAACUCCAUCUUACGUUGCCUUUACCGAUACAGAAAGAUUGAUUGGUGAUGCAGCAAAGAACCAAGCUGCUAUCAACCCAUCAAACACUGUUUUCGAUGCUAAGCGUUUGAUUGGUCGUAAAUAUGAUGAUCCAGAAGUACUUAACGAUGCUAAGCAUUUCCCAUUCAAGAUUGUCAACAAGGAUGGUAAGCCCAACGUUGAAGUUGAAUACAAGGGUGAAACUAAAGUGUUCAGUCCAGAAGAAAUUUCUUCUAUGGUCUUAAGUAAGAUGAAGGAAACCGCUGAAGCUUACUUAGGUACCAAAGUUAAUGACGCUGUUGUUACCGUUCCAGCUUAUUUCAACGAUUCUCAAAGACAAGCUACCAAGGAUGCUGGUACCAUUGCUGGUUUGAACGUCUUGAGAAUUAUUAACGAACCUACUGCUGCUGCCAUUGCGUACGGUCUAGAUAAGAAGGGAACUUCCGAACAUAACGUCUUGAUCUUCGAUUUGGGUGGUGGUACUUUCGAUGUCUCCUUGUUGACUAUUGAAGACGGUAUCUUCGAAGUUAAGGCCACCGCAGGUGAUACUCACUUAGGUGGUGAAGAUUUUGAUAACAGAUUGGUUAAUCAUUUGGCCAAUGAAUUCAAGAGAAAGAACAAGAAGGAUUUGACCAAUAACCAAAGAUCUUUGAGAAGAUUGAGAACUGCUGCUGAAAGGGCUAAGAGAGCUUUGUCUUCUUCAUCUCAAACAUCUAUUGAAAUCGAUUCUUUAUUCGAAGGUAUUGAUUUCUACACUUCUCUAACAAGAGCUAGAUUUGAAGAAUUAUGUGGUGAUUUGUUCAGAUCCACCUUAGAUCCGGUUGAAAAAGUCUUGAAGGAUUCUAAGUUGGACAAGUCUCAAAUCGAUGAAAUUGUCCUUGUUGGUGGUUCUACUAGAAUUCCAAAGGUCCAAAAAUUGGUUUCUGAUUUCUUCAACGGUAAGGAACCAAACAGAUCUAUCAAUCCAGAUGAGGCCGUUGCCUACGGUGCUGCUGUCCAAGCUGCUAUUUUGACAGGUGAUCAAUCUUCAAAGACUCAAGAUUUGUUGCUAUUGGAUGUUACUCCAUUGUCUUUGGGUAUUGAAACCGCCGGUGGUAUCAUGACGAAGUUGAUUCCAAGAAACUCUACCAUUCCAACCAAGAAGUCUGAAAUCUUCUCCACUUAUGCUGAUAACCAACCUGGUGUGUUGAUUCAAGUGUUUGAAGGUGAAAGAACAAAGACAAAGGAUAACAACUUAUUGGGUAAGUUUGAGUUGUCUGGUAUCCCACCAGCACCAAGAGGUGUCCCACAAAUCGAAGUCACCUUUGAUAUCGAUGCUAACGGUAUCUUGAACGUUUCCGCUCUAGAGAAGGGUACCGGUAAGACCAGCAAGAUUACUAUCACUAACGAUAAGGGUAGAUUAUCCAAGGAAGAUAUUGAAAGAAUGGUGUCAGAAGCCGAGAAGUUCAAGGUCGAAGAUGAAGCCGAAGCUGAACGUGUCCAAACAAGAAACUCUUUGGAAGCUUAUGCUUUCAGCUUGAAGAACACUGUCGGCGAAUCUGGAUUCAAGGAGAAGGUUGAUGCUGAUGACGUCUCCAAACUACAAACUGCUGUGGAAGAAACUAUCAGCUGGUUAGAUGGAUCUCAAGCAGCUUCCACAGAUGAAUACAAGGAAAGACAAAAAGAAUUGGAGGAUGUUGCUAACCCAAUCAUGACCAAGUUCUACAGCGCUGGCGGUACCCCAGCUGGCGGUGCUCCAGGUGGUGCCCCAGGUGGCUUCCCAGGUGCUCCAGGCGGUGGUGCUGCUCCAGGUGGCGGUGAUUCCGGUCCUACUGUCGAAGAAGUUGAUUAA